AUGCGAGAACACUUCUCAACAGUCUGGCCGGCGAACGUAAUGCAGAAAAUGUGGGCGCAAGAUAGGACCUUCGUGAAGAACCAGAAGAACGAGUACUUCAUUAUCGACGUACGACAAGGCUCGGACAUCCUACUGCGGGACUAUCGAGUUUUCUUCCAGUGCGUCAAGCUCAAGCGCUGUCAGAUCACGUCGUGCUAUGAACGCAGAGCCACUCAAGGCGUGGUUGUUAGCAGCCUCACCGGACGCUGGACAAAAGGUGGCGCGAUGAUGCGGGUCGUUACGCAGGAGUGCGCAACCUUCUGUUUCCCUGCCAAUGCCAUCCACAUGCAGCUCGGGAUCGAUGUCGACCACUCGAACAUGUACGCGACAGACUAUCGAAGUGUGUCCGGAACGCUCCGGGUAUCGUCGAAGCACGUUUGCAAAGCGCCGCGAGGGGAAAUCAUGAUGCUUGAAUACAGGCUAGUGAACUGCGAGAAAGGGCAAGGCGGAAUGAUAAUCAAGCUGGGACAAGGCGGCCGGAGGGGCCCACGUUUGCUUUCCGGGGUCCGGGAGUUCUGA